AUGGAAGCUCUGGUUUGGCUCCUUGGUGCUUGCUGCCUGCGGUGGGUACUAGCUAGUGGAGAGAGGGAUGGACGCACAGUGGAUUCAUUCUCCAAAUUUUAUUCUUGUAGGAUUGCACUCAUGUCAAGGGGACCUAAAAGUAGAUUUGGAUCCGUGACCGGGAAAAAAAUUGAAAAGCAGGUUAGAAUGGAUGCAACUAGGUUUUGUCCAUAUGCGAGUAGUAGAGGUGGCCAUGGUGUUGCAAGUGGAGCUAAUCAUCGUGGUAAGCCCGUCAUGGAUAGCAACAUCGGACACAAGAGCAACAUUUUGUCGAAUGAAAAAUUGGCUUCGUCGUCAAUGAACACAAGUAAAACUAACAAAAGAGAUAAUGUUGCAAAUGAUGCAAAUCGGCGAGAUAAUGUUGCCUCGUUGUUAGUUGGACAAACCCCUUUAAAGGAUAGUAACACUAGACACAUGAACUCUUCUAGAAUGGAUGUAAGUUUGGAUCCUUUACUAAGGAAUGCUCGCGAAAACAAUAGAAGAGAUGAUGGUGUUUCAUACCUUGCUUCAAAACUAGAUAGACGAAAUCCUUUGAAGGAUAAGAACAUCAAGCACAAUUACUCCUCUGCAAUGCAUGUGUGUUUGGCACCAUUGUCAAGGACUGACAACAAAAGGAGUGUUCCAGUUGAAGCAAAUCGACAAAUCAGUCACGCCUUGCGACCAAUCAAGCAAGAUUCCCCUAGAAAGAAUAACAACACCAAACGAGUAGAAGCCAUCAUGCCAAACGGAAAUGUUACUAGAAGAGAUGAUUCCAUUGUUGUAUUGAGAAGCUUAGAGGACCAUGACCCCUUGAAAGCGAAGACAACAAUGAAUAGAUCAAAGCAUAUUAAUAAUUCUCAAUCACCUCAAUUUAAGGCAAUGGCAGGACUGGUUCACAGGCCAAAGAAUUUUGAUGGAUUGGAUGGAUGCAAUGAUGCCUUACCUUCUGGGUUAAAGAGGCAAGUAAGUCUUGAUAAUGGAGGAGGUUUUAUCGUCGAUAACCAUAGUGAUAGGGAAUUGACGAUUAAAGCAACGGAGGAAGCAUCUCCUAAGUGGAUGAAGAAACAAAGAAACAAAGAAGCCAAAGGAGAUCAUACUAGUGAUAGAAAUCCUAUGGAUGAAAUCAAUGGAGAUGUUUAUCCUUUUGGUGUCAAAGAUUAUAGUGAAAGGAAUCUAACUUAUGGUUCGAUGAAGAGACAACGAGGCUACACGAAAACAAAUGAAGAUGAAGCCAUUGAUAACGGUGAUAUGGAACUCAUGGAGGUUGAAGAUGUGGAGGCCCGUGAUUGUAGACCGAAGAAUAAGAAGAAAAGAGGCAUAGAAUCAAAUGAAGUUGGUGAUGGCAAAGCCGAUGACAGCUUUGCUAAGAAAAAAUUAGAAUCAUUGCCAAAAGAUGAUGUGUCACUUGAUUGUACCAAUGAAGCUACACAACCGGAGAAACUAACUCAUAGAAAGUUGAAGAAAUGGAGACAAGACAUCAUGAGAAAUGAAGAUGAAGAAUUACAUGUUGAUGGUGGUGAUCAUAGUCCUUUGGAUGCUGAUGACGAUAGUUUGAGAUUGACAUCACAAGCUCCUAUUCCGAUAGAUUGUCUGGCCGAAGUGCCUACACCAUUUGUUUUGGAACAUGUCAAGAAGCAAUGCAACUAUUGCUCAAAGCCUAUUGAUGAACCUAUUUGGAGUGGAAUCUUUAAGAUAGACAGAGAGGAAUACAUAUCGUUGGCUGGACAUUUGUCAACCAAAUCGUGUGACAAAGUAUGGGAACUUUCAAGAUCAUUGAUGCCGGUUGUUGAAGUGACAAAGCUUUCCAGGUCAAAGUUCAAAAUAUGGGAGACAUCAAAACCCUCUUGUGACAGCAUUGGCUUGUAUUUCUUCCCUAAUAAGUUGAGGCAUGAUGAAGAUCUGGAUAAACUAGUGAAGGAAGUCAUAGAGGAUGAUCUGGUCCUGCAGACUGUUAUUGGUGAAGCUGAGAUGCUGAUAUUUCCUUCUACUCUACUGCCUGAAAGAUACAAGACUUUUCAAAGGAAACACUACUUGUGGGGUGUAUUCAGGCCAAGACAAGGUCAAUGUGCUACAGUUGCAGAGCCAGUACAUGAUACAGUGUGUUGCGCACAGGAGAAAGAGGAGGAACAGCAUGCCUCAAACCAGCAAGAUGAGGUGCAAGAAGUCCACUGGAAGUCGCCUGCUAAGAGCAUGCAGCAAGCUGCAGCAACUAGAGGUGUUCCAGGGUCCCCCGACAUGGACUUUGGACCUGAAGCUCCUGAAGAAAGACAACUGGGAGAUGCAUUGCGUCACACUCUGCACCGUGCUGAAGCUACUGCAGUUGCUACCAGUCCUGCUGCCGUAACAACUGAAGCUGCUGCAGUUGCUACCGAUCCUGCCGCCGUAACAACUGAAGUUGCCACCAUACCUACUGAAGCUAAUGAAAAUGAUACCAAUGCUGCUACCAUACCCGGAAAUCAUGGGCGGAGCGACUCAAUUGUGGGGGUUCCCCCUGGCAAGUUUUUUUGUUUCGUUGCUGGACAAACUCCAAAACUCGAGCAGCUCAUUCAAGAGAUGCAGCGUGAAGGUUCGUUGGUACUUGCUAUCCGGGGGGAGCCGAUUGGUGGUGGUCUAUGGCCAGGAAACAUCGCCUCCACUAAUAUAAGCAGGGCAUGA